AUGCCGCAGAAAACGCCUCGUCCCGCGCCCUCCUGCGCAGAUCCACGAGCGGCGGGCGGCGCUGUGUGGCGCUCGCGAACCCGAAGCGCUGUCAGCAGCAGCCACAGCAGCCGCACGAGCUCUGCGACUGGCGAAGUGGCGCCGAUCAGCAGCUCCAGUACAGUUACUCUACGCAGCGUCUCGUGCGACAGCUGCGGCCCCGGGACGGAGAAGCGACGCGAGACGACGAGACACUGCGCGUCGCCCGACUCGAGCGUCGACUUGGCGUCGUACUACACGUUCUCCACGAGGGCGGGCAAAGGCCCACAGGACGACGCGCACGGCUUGUCGGGAUUCCUCGAGUACCGCAAGAUCAACGGGACGUGGCGGCCGUUCCUGUUCCAGACGAGUGGGCACCAACUGGUGCUCUAUCGAGUCCACGCCACGCAUCAGGUGCUGGUCAUGUCGACGGACAUCCGCAGUGCGUCGGAGAUCGCGCUAGAGUGUGACGGUCUGGACGAUCGAGAGACCACGAGGCUGCUGCGGCUCGGAAUCAAUGGCGCGACGAUCACAUUGCGCGCGGUGACACAUCGAGCAGCGGUGUAUUGGGUGGAGGGGCUGCGACGCCUUCGAGACGGCAAAGCUUUGCAGACGGUCAGCGAUGCUAUCUGCACAGAAGCGGAAGAGGACCUAUUUGUCGAGAUCGACAAGCUGCUUACCUUGCGGGAGUGGACACCCCGUCCACCUCCCGCCUCAUUGUGCGGCCUUUGCGUCCUGUCGUCUCGAAGGCCUGAGCCUACGACUGCUGGCGUGUUGAUGAAAAACGAGGAUGAAGGCAAACCAAGCGGGUGUAGGAUUUGUUGA